GUCGGACUGUUUUUGUGGGGGGACCGGUGCACCUUGAACUUUUCGCAGCUUCUCCUCUUCGCGUCUUUUCUGCUUUUUCUCUUUAAUUUUUAACUUUAUUAAACAUGUAUGAUUUUCCGCAUUUUCUGCGGCUCGCGCCGGCAGCCUUCAGGCGGUUGUCAAGCGGUAAAAGCGCAGAAAAGUGCGCCAGUUUGAGUUAUUCGCACUUUAGCUCCUCUGUUAGCUCCUCUGCUAACUUCUCUCAGAGUCCUGCACCUGGAGGCGGAUCCGGGUCCAGAUCUGGGUCCAGGUGUUACACCACGAGUCCUGCAGGGUCCAAGCGGGUCCGGAUCGGCUGUGCGUCCGGGUUCUGGGGGGACACCGCCACCUCAGUGCCUCAGCUGGUGUACGGGGGGCAGCUGGACUUCCUGGUGUUCGACUACCUCAGUGAGAUCACGAUGUCGCUGCUCACCGCCGUCAAGGCCAAAACGCCCACUUUGGGUUACGCUCCAGACUUCGUCCACCUCGCUCUCGCUCCGUUUAUCAACGACAUCCACAGAAACGGGGUCCGUGUGGUGAGUAACGCGGGCGGCGUGAACCCUCUGGCGUGCGCUGAAGCCAUACAGGAAGUCGUCAAGAAGGCCGGCCUCGACCUCAAGGUCGCCGUGGUGACCGGCGAUGACCUCAUGCCACAUAGGAGCAGUCUGUCUGCAGUAAAGAUGGCGGCUGACGGCAGCAGACAGCAGUUACCUAAAACUCUCCACAGUAUGAACGCCUACCUCGGGGCCGUCCCGAUCCAGCGCUGUCUGGACGGCGGGGCGGACAUCGUGGUGACGGGACGCUGCGUGGACAGCGCCGUGGCUCUGGGGCCGCUCAUGCACGCCUUUGGGUGGGAGAAGACUGAUUAUGACCUGCUGGCAGCUGGGAGUCUUGCAGGUCACCUGAUCGAGUGUGGAGCUCAGAGUACAGGUGGGAUCUUCACUGACUGGCACAAAGUUCCUGACUGGGACAACAUGGGGUUCCCGGUGGUCGAGUGUUCCAGCGACGGCUCCUUCGUUCUCUCCAAACCGCCCAAAACCGGCGGCCUCGUCUGCUUCGGCGGCGUGGCCGAGCAGCUGGUGUACGAGAUCGGUGACCCGCGGCGUUACCUGCUGCCAGACGUCGUCUGUGACUUCAGCCAGGUGGUCAUCAAGGAAGUACCGGGUGUAGAGGGAGGAGCUGUCAGAGUGACCGGGGCCAGAGGCUCCGCCCCCACACCGGACUACAAGGUGUGUGCCACCUACAUGGACGGCUUCAGAGCGACGGCCGUGUGUCCUGUUGGAGGACCGAGAGCGGAAGAAAAGGCCCGACGGACCGCCGACAGCAUCAUCAAACGGACAAAGCGAAUGUUUAAGCAGUUAAAGUUUGAAGACUUCAGCUCGGUGAAUGUGCAGAUCCUCGGAGCGGAGGACACGUACGGCCCCAACGCUCGCAGCAAGGGCUCCAGGGAGGCCGUGCUCUGGAUGUCCGUCCACCACAAACAGAAGAAGGCUCUCGAGCUUUUCUCCAGAGAAGUGGCUCCUGCAGGGACCGGCAUGGCUCCCGGACUGACUGGCAUCGUGGGCGGACGACCCCGAGUGUCUCCGGUCCUGAAGCCUUUUUUCUUCUUGCACCCAAAGUCUGAGCUGAAGGUGGACCUCCACGUUGACGGACAGCUGGAGUCUCUCUCUGAGGCGGAGCCAGACGCACCUGAGCAGGAAGCUCCGCCCCCCUCGGCUCAGGACGAACCAGACGCAGGGCUGCCCAGUGGACCUCACAGCUACCGUCUGGAGGAGCUCGCCUUCACCAGGAGCGGAGACAAAGGAGACUCUGCCAACAUCGGAGUGAUUGCUCGCCACCCGCUCUUCUUCCCCUACCUGAAGAAACACCUGACUUCUUCUGUGGUGGAGGAAUACUUCUCCCACCUGAUCAAGCCAGGAGUGAGCGACGCCGUCACACGAUACACUCUGCCAGGGAUCCAUGGUCUAAACUUCGUCCUGCAGAGUUCUCUGGGAGGGGGAGGGGUGGCGUCUCUGCGCAGCGACCCCCAGGGGAAAGCUUACGGUCAGAUGCUGCUGGACCUGAAGCUCAGAGGACUCCCAGACCUCAAGUCUCUGGUGGACUGAGACAGACACACAGGGACACACAGAGAGACACAGGGACAUGCACAGACACACAGGGACAC